AGCACACAGGAAGUUAGCUGAAACAAGGACAAUGCUCGCGGCGGCUCUAAUUAAUUGGCUAAAUAAAUCGCGGGUGAAUUUUCUGCUCCUCACCGCAACAAUUAAUUAAAGACGAGAUGCUGAAGGAUGAGAGACAACAAACAGAAACAAAUGAGAGAAACUAAUGCUGGAUCUGGCAGGAUGACAAGUGAACCUAAUCAAGAGGAUAGUAGAGAGAGACAGAGAGAGAGAGACACACAGAGAGAGAGAGAGCGAGAGAGAGAGAGAGAGAGAGGUUGUCAGUAGGUGUCCCUCUCCCCAGUGUCCAGCCCCCAACUUUGACGUCACAGGCUGAGAGACACAAAACAAGCCGCUCUCAGCUGAGCUCCUCACUCGAUUCCUCACUCGCACACGCUCCGACGCACAUCCACCGUCUGCCGUCAGACACCUGCUCCGACGCCCGCUCAGCCCUGAGCCGGGGGGCGCGUACGCUCCUCGUCCCUCCACUACAACGAGAAGGACCAGCCGGUCUCUCACUCCUCAGGACUGAACCAUGCCCUGUCUCUUGUGAGUGAUGCCUGCCCCUGUGUGAAACUGCCGACGGGAGCGCACACCGGAGAAAGGAGCGCUUCCAUUGCCUCCCCCCCCCCCAACCCCAGAAAAAAAACUCCCCCGUCCCAAAUAAGCAGCAGAUGUGACAGAAGAGGAGAGGCGGAGAGAGAAACACAAUCUCCCCAACCCCUCCUUCCCUCAUCUGGGAGAACAAUACCCAGACUCCAGUUGGAGAGGGGUCAGCUUUUGUCCCUCUCCCCACGCUCCCGCUACAAGAGCCAAGAGCAGACAGACGCGCUGACACAUUGACCCGCUGCUGCGAGACGAGAAGCCGGCGCAACAACACUUGCUGCGCGGUUUUUUUUAUGUGUGUAUUUUGAUUCAGUACUUGGACAGCUCCUGAGCAACAAAGAUGCAGACCCCAUGUUCGCUCCAGCUUGGCCCCUCGCCGUCCCUGGGAUCGCAGGGCAGCACCGGCGGCAUCCACCAGCUGGAAGAGAAGCAGCUCUUUGAGAAGUUUUGGAAGGGGACUUUCAAGGCUGUGGCCACCCCGAGACCGGAGAGCGUCAUCGUGGCCAGCAUCACCGCCCGCAGGAGGGUGACCAAUUUGGAGACGACAGCCUGCCCGCCGCUCAAGACCGACGAGAGGAAGGUGGCGGCAGCGGCAGCGGACACCAGGGUGGAUGCCGCGGACAGAAACGGCUGCAUCAAGGGAAAAGGACGCAAACACCACAGUCAUCGCAGGGCCAGGAGCCCCUCCUUUGACGACGACCUCUCCCCUCGGCCCAAGGGGAAGAAGAAGAAGAGAAAGUCUGAGCGGAAGAGGAAAAGGAAAAGGUCUCCCUCCCACAGCCUGUCGCCACUGCGGAAGAAGAAAAAGAAGAAGAAGAAGAGCUCCAAGAAAAGCAAGCGGCAUAGGUAUACCUCCAAAAAGUCAAAACGCAGCUCUUCGAGUUUGAAACAUAAGAGAAAGGAUGAACGCAAGCACAAGAAAAGUUCACGGACUCACUCGAGGCGGAGACGACGCUAUCGGAGGUCAGAGUCGGACAGUUCCUCCUGCCAGUCUUCCACAGAGGACAGACACCAUCUGCAAAAAUCUGUGGUGCAUCAGGCAUUAGGAGACCUGGCAGCUGUAGUAGAGGAAACCAACGGACUGCUCGACCAUGCGGACUUGAAGUGGAGACCUGCAACCAAAUCAGUGUGUAAAACGGCUCCAAAAUAUCGCUCCAUCCUCUCCACCGCCACCAUUUUGUCGUCAAAACCUGGAAGCGAGCUUUUAGACGGAAAAGGGUCUCAGCACUUAACGAGCCAGACCGACGGUCCGCACGAUUACGAUUCUGGGAAUGACACAUCUUCGCCGCCAUCAAGCAAAACUGGUGUUUCUCGGGCGAGUGUCAUUGACAACAAGAGGAACCACUGUAAACGUCUGGCCUCGCCAGAGAAGCUUAAGUUCACUGACAGGGACAAUGUCUCUGAUUCAGGAAACUCUGUGACAAGCUACGCUUCCUUGUGCAAACCUUAUGGGGAGGAUGGCUUGUCUGCAACCCUUUUCAGUGGAAACCCCAAGAGAGAGCAGAUCACCCUGGGAUGUCGGGUGGAGGUUGUGAGACCUCCAAAGACCUCGCGCUGCUCCCAGAGGACGAGCAAGUCAUCUCGAAGGCGACGGAAAACCCGGUCAUCCAGCAGCAGGAGCCGCAGCAGAUCCUCGGGGAGUUCCAGAUACUCCGGACGCUACUCUCGAAGCCUGUCGCUGUCAUCUUGCAGCUCGUACUCCCACUCGCCGAGUUACUCAGCCGAUCCGAGGCGAAGAGGCAGCGUGGCCAGCUUGAGCUCCAGAGGAAGCUACUCCAGAUACAGCACUGACAGACUACGAGACAGAAAAAGGACACCGAGCUCCAGAGGGAAAGAUGUGAAGCAUGCACAUAAGGUCAGUGGGAAGAGACGGAGACGCAAAUCCUACUCUCCUAUGAAGAAAAGGAGGAGAGACUCGCCGAGCCAUCUGGAGGCACGCAGGAUCACAAGUGCCAGGAAGCGACCUAUCCCUUAUUUCCGGCCCAGUCCUUCCUCCAGCAGCCGGUCCACCAGUGUGUCGUCCUGGAGCAGCCUCUUCACCCGCAGCCGCAGUCGCAGCCCAGUCCACAGCCUCAGCCGGAGCCGGAGUAGGAGCCGGAGCCACAGCUACUCCUCCUACAGGAGCUACAGCCGCAGCUCAUCUUGGAACUCCAUUUUUGGGAGCCGCAGCAGCCGCAGCAGCCGCAGCAGGAGUCGCGGUUCGUUGAACAAACGCACCAAAACCAGGCAUUAGGUUUCUCAGAGAACAUUAAUGGACUGAAGCACCGGUCGUGUUUCCAGUCGUGAGCGAGGACGGGGGACGUUGGAGCAAUCGACUGCGUACAUCUUCGCUCUGACGCUUGAGUGGAAAUGUCCCAACAGGGGUCUGACUUUGUCUUUCACUGAUGCAGUCCUGUUCACUCUGCUCACAGAGACCAUUGGAGAUUGAAUGUCUUUUCGUUUGUUUGUUUUGUUCUCGUACUGCAUCUCCUUGCAUCGGUACUCACAAUGGCCUGAGACUGUUCAUCUCUUAGAUAUUUACAAUUGAAACUGCACAUAAGCCAGAAGCAGUAUUCCUGUGUUUGAUCAACUGACAUUAUUUAUAAGUCCAUGCACUUCAUAUUAAUUUAUUCUUUUAAAUGAAUGCUUGAAAAUUGCUGAUAACAUAUUUAUUUUAAAAAUGAUUAUACAUAAUAAGAACUGAAGGGUACCAAGAAGGGUUCAAAUGGCUUAAUUCAGUCUAGUUUUGGGGGCUAUAUAUGUGUUGGCUGAUGAAAGUUUUUAAAGUGGUGUCAUAGGACAACGGACUUUUACCAUCCCAUGUCAGGUCUGUAUGUUGUAGAUUUUGUGUAGAGAAGCGAAGUGUUGAUGUAACAUAUGAUCUGUUUGAUCAGAGUGUUGACGAAUGGCUGCAGAAGGAUCUCUGUCAGGAACGAGGCAAAAGGUUUAUUGCUCUGAUCUCGACACUUCACAAGCCAGAGAACAAGCGUGUUUCCUCUGAAAAAUGGAUCGUCGAGAACGGCCUGACGGCGAGCAAACUGCCUGUCAGCUCAAAUGUCAAAUUAGUUUAUCCUCUGAUCAGGUGGGAAACAAUUGAAAUGUCAGUCCAUGUAAUACAACAGAGAGCAAUUGAAACAUUGCGCGGGGACAAGGAGGGGGAUUUCUUUUGAAAAGAUCUUGACAGUUUCAAAGGAGGUAUUUUCCUGGCAACUUGCAGUGAAUACAGUGUUGUGAAUUUUUCUCAAGGUGUAAUAUGAAAGAAUUUGUUAAUGCAUACAAAAAUUAUCAGCAGGAUGUGAAUAACAGCUGUGACCUCUACGUGUUGUGUUGCAAAGAUACAAAUUAGCAUUUUGAUCAGCCCGGUCGGGACUGCUAGCUGCACAGCUAAUUGAGCCAACUGGCUAAAGGCAGCUAAAUCAGCAGAGUUAGCGGUUACUCUAGUGAUACGCUGCCUGCUGUUUUGAGUAUGAAUACAAACGGUCAGUUCUUACAUAUUGCACCUUUAAAGGUAAAUACAAUGGGCUUUUCUUUUUCACUGCGAUGCUUCAAAGAAUAUUUGAUUUCAAGAAGAGAAAAAAACUGAAAGAAAAAGCUGUUUCGUGUUUUGUGGUGACAUACUGAAUACAGACGUCUGAACUUGAACUUGAACAGCGUCGGUUCUCAGAUGACUUGAAUAAUGUUUUUUUCUCGUGACAGCGCCAGAACCAAACACAAAUGUCAACUAUGUUUUUAUUCCUGAGUUAUAUUACAAUAGAAGGUCAACCUUUGAAUUGUGCAGCACCAUACAUAUUUAUUACUUAUUUAAUAUUUAUUGGUUUGUUGUCCCUCUCAGUAGUGGUCAAUCUUUCUAUGCAACGCAGGCGACUUGUUAUUAUAACACUGCUGUAAUUUAUUGUUGGUUUGUUGUAAAUUAUUCUGUGGUUUUGUCACCAUCUCAUGCAUAAACCUCAAAGUAGAGGCAGGUGUUCAAAAGUAGGAGGAGCAGAAAACUGGUAUGGCAGAGCACACCGUUUUUGUUUUGGAAGGUCAGCAUUUUGGGAAAUAUGCUUAUUUGCUUUUUAUGUCAAGAGUUUGAUGAGAAUGGUGACACUACUCUCAUAUCAUCAGAUAAAGGCACUGUAGUUAAGAAUUGGCCACCUGCUGAGUUAACUUGUAACAAACAGGGGGCAGGAUAGCACCAGCGUAAGAGCAAACCGCUGUUAGCUGUUGCUGCUUUCAGCUAGUCAGCUCAGAUAGCCUUGCAGCUAGUGGUCAGGACUUGGAUGGGGGACAAACUGGAGCUAACUGUCUAGCAUGCUAACUUCAUAUCUCAGCUACUUUGGUAACCAUGCAACGAAGUACGUCGUCAUGACAUCAAAACUGAUAUUUCUUCACAUUUUGUGGAUGAUACUAGUUCAUUUUCAAAUGUUUUUCAUUAAAAUUCUUAAAUUUUGCAUCUUUAAAUAAGAAGAUAGAGCUAGCAGCGGGCUAACUAGGUUAAGCUCAAAGACUGGAAAUACGGAAAGAGCCAGAUUGGCUUUAUCAAAGUGUGAAAAAAACCUGCUGACCAACACCUUAAAAGCUCACUUUUCAAAAUAUAUAACCAGACGAAACUUUGAGUGUAAAAUUGACUAGUUUGUUUAUAUGGUAGGUUUUGUGCUCAACUUAUUCUCAACCAGGUGCAAGAAAUCCUCAAAACCCAGCCAAGAGACAGUGGUGCAUAACUACCCAUAAAACCACAGGAUUGAACAAAUGAGACAUACCAUGUAAAUGAGUGAACCUCAGAGGUGCUGGUGAAUGGAUCCUUUGCUGUUUGCCCUUGUUUCCAGUCUUUACGCUAUGCUAAGCUAUCCAGCAGCUGAUCAUUACUUCAAACUCAUCAUGGCAUCAAUCUUCAUCUGACACUUGGCAAGAAAGCAAAUAAGCAUACAGUGUUUCCUAAAAAUGUCAGACAACUCCGUUAAAGUUAUUUUUCCAAGGCUGCUUAACUUAAACUGCCU